UUAUUAGUUAUUCAUCCUUUGCUUAUUGUCUGGAUCUGCGAAUUCAAGCCUGCGUUCUUCUUUCUUCUUUUGUCAAACUACCGAAACGGCAUGUUUCCAGAAGCUAUAUAUUUGCCUUGAAACUUUUGUUCGAGUUAUCAAUAUCAACCCAUACUCUCUUGUUUACAUUUAUUGCUCUGUUUCCGAUAGUCUGAAUGAAUCUCGAAGCAAACGAUUGCUUCACGUCUCCGCGUUCUUGAAGUUUCAUUUGGUGAAUGCUAGCUGGCUCCUACAACUUGAUUUGCAUUGAAAUAUCUCAAGAUUCUUCCUUUACAAUGAAAUUAGUUUCAAUCCAAGAAAGAAAGUAGAAGUUGGAGAGUAGAAAGCCCUGAUCUGACAUGGGUGUGGAGAAUGAUGAAGAAAGGAAGCAUGAUGACGCUAGCACGUCAGAGAAUCGUGCAGAAAGCAGCACUAAUGGGGAAAGAGAAGAAAAGAGUAAACAGAAAGAAAAACCUGAGACAGUUCCAUUUUUCAAGCUGUUCGCUUUUGCAGACUCCACUGACAUUCUUUUGAUGGUUGUUGGGACUAUUGGUGCCAUUGGGAACGGGAUGGGUUUGCCUAUUAUGACGUUGCUGUUUGGUCAAAUGAUCGAUAGCUUCGGUAGUAACCAGCAAAAUGCUAACGUGGUGGAAGCAGUAUCCAAGGUUUCUCUAAAAUUUGUAUACUUGGCAGUAGGAUCUGGGAUGGCAGCGUUUCUCCAGGUGACAAGUUGGAUGGUCACGGGGGAGAGACAGGCAGCACGAAUUAGGGGAUUGUAUUUGAAAACUAUUCUAAGACAAGAUAUUGUUUUCUUUGAUAAGGAAACAAGCACCGGAGAGGUGGUAGGGAGGAUGUCAGGUGACACAGUUCUUAUUCAAGAUGCCAUGGGUGAGAAGGUUGGGAAAUUUCUGCAGCUAAUAGCAACUUUCGUUGGGGGAUUUACGGUAGCAUUUGUCAAAGGGUGGCUUCUUACUUGUGUCAUGUUGGCCACUCUUCCACUUCUAGUUUUUUCAGGAGCGUCCAUGGCAUUAAUCAUAGGCAGGAUGGCUUCUCGAGGUCAGACAGCUUAUGCAAAAGCUUCACAUGUAGUCGAACAGACAAUUGGCUCAAUAAGAACCGUUGCAUCCUUUACUGGGGAAAAGCAAGCUGUAAAUAAUUAUAGCAAAUUUCUUGUGGAUGCUUACAAAUCAGGAGUGAGUGAAGGUUCCAUUGCUGCAGUGGGCCUAGGCACGGUUAUGUUGGUGAUAUUUGGUGGUUAUGCUUUGGCUGUAUGGUUUGGCGCAAAAAUGAUUAUGGAAAAAGGAUAUAAUGGGGGCACGGUGAUUAAUGUGAUUAUUUCCUUCCUAACUGCUUCGAUGUCACUUGGGCAAGCAUCCCCUAGCAUGAGUGCUUUUGCUGCAGGUCAGGCUGCAGCUUAUAAAAUGUUCCAGACUAUUGAAAGGAAGCCAGAGAUAGAUGCCUAUGAUCCAAAUGGAAAAAUUCUAGAGGAUAUUCAAGGAGAAAUAGAUUUAAGGGAUGUUUACUUCAGUUAUCCAGCAAGACCCGAGGAACUUAUAUUUAAUGGAUUUUCUCUUCAUAUAGCAAGUGGUACAACUGCAGCGUUAGUUGGACAAAGUGGAAGUGGAAAGUCCACGGUUAUCAGCUUGAUAGAAAGAUUCUAUGAUCCACAGGCUGGUGAAGUUCUUAUUGAUGGCAUUAACCUGAAAGAAUUUCAGCUUAGGUGGAUCAGAGGAAAAAUUGGCCUUGUCAGCCAGGAGCCCGUGUUGUUUGCCUCUAGCAUUAAGGAUAAUAUUGCUUAUGGAAAGGAGGGAGCAACAAUUGAAGAGAUAAGAUCUGCAUCUGAACUCGCAAAUGCUGCUAAAUUCAUUGAUAAACUUCCACAGGGACUAAACACACUGGUUGGUGAACAUGGAACUCAGUUGUCUGGUGGGCAGAAGCAACGCAUUGCCAUUGCAAGAGCAAUCCUAAAAAAUCCGAGAAUUCUACUUCUGGAUGAAGCCACAAGUGCACUUGACGCAGAGUCUGAAAGGAUAGUGCAGGAGGCUCUAGACAGGGUCAUGGUCAACAGAACAACUGUUGUAGUGGCACAUCGUUUGAGUACAGUGAGAAACGCUGAUAUGAUUGCUGUCAUUCAUAGAGGGAAGAUGGUUGAGAAUGGAACACACUCAGAUUUACUAAAGGAUCCUGAGGGAGCUUACUCUCAGCUUAUACGCCUACAAGAAAUAAGCAAGGAGACUGAACAGAAUGCAGACCAUCUUGGCAAGAGUGAACUUUCCGCAGAAUCUCUUAGACAAUCUAGUCAAAGGAGAUCACUUCGAAGAUCUAUUAGCAGGGGGUCAUCCUUAGGGAAUAGUAGCCGUCAUUCAUUUUCAGUUUCCUUCGGUUUACCCACUGGUGUUAACGUUUCUGAUCCUGAACAUGAAAGGUCAACGCCCAAAGAAAAAGCACCAGAGGUUCCACUCAGCCGCCUUGCUUCCCUUAACAAGCCAGAGAUUCCAGUUCUUCUACUUGGAUGUGUAGCUGCCAUAAUAAAUGGUGUUAUACUUCCAAUAUUUGGCCUGCUGGUUUCCAGUGUCAUCAAGACAUUUUAUGAACCAUUUGAUAAGAUGAAGAAGGACUCCCACUUUUGGGCACUGAUGUUUAUGACCCUUGGUAUUGUAUCGUUUCUCAUAAUUCCUGCCCGAGGAUACUUUUUCUCCGUGGCAGGAAGUAAGUUAAUCCAACGUAUCAGGCUAAUGUGUUUCGAGAAGGUUGUCAACAUGGAGGUUGGUUGGUUUGAUGAGCCUGAAAACUCAAGUGGUUCAGUAGGUGCAAGGCUUUCAGCAGAUGCUGCUUCAGUGCGUGCCCUUGUUGGUGAUGCCCUAGGACUAGUGGUUCAAAAUUUAGCCUCUGCAGUAGCCGGUUUGAUCAUUGCUUUUGUCGCAUCUUGGCAGCUGGCACUAAUUAUUCUUGUCUUGAUUCCCUUGAUCGGAGUAAAUGGAUAUGUUCAAAUGAAAUUCAUGAAGGGAUUCAGUGCAGAUGCAAAGAUGAUGUACGAAGAAGCAAGCCAAGUUGCUAAUGAUGCAGUUGGAAGCAUAAGAACGGUUGCUUCUUUCUGUGCUGAAGACAAUGUUAUGGAACUAUACAGGAAGAAAUGUGAGGGUCCCAUGAAAACAGGGAUACGGCAAGGGUUGAUCAGCGGAUCAGGAUUUGGGGUUUCAUUUUUCUUACUGUUUUGUGUUUAUGCAACCAGUUUCUACGCAGGAGCUAGACUUGUUGAAGCUGGAAAGACAACCUUCUCGGGUGUUUUCCGGGUUUUCUUUGCAUUAACUAUGGCAGCGAUUGGAAUUUCCCAAUCAAGCUCCUUUGCUCCUGACUCGAGCAAAGCCAAGACAGCUACUGCUUCAAUAUUUGGAAUAAUCGAUAAGAAGUCGGAGAUAGACCCGAGUGAUGAGUCUGGCACCACAUUGGAUAGUGUUAAGGGAGAAAUUGAGCUUCGUCAUGUGAGCUUCAAAUAUCCUUCUAGGCCUGACGUACAGAUUUUCCGUGACCUCAGCUUGACCAUCCAUUCUGGCAAGACAGUAGCUCUUGUUGGUGAAAGUGGAAGUGGGAAAUCCACUGUGAUUGCCUUAUUGCAAAGAUUCUAUGAUCCUGAUUCAGGGCAAAUCACACUUGAUGGGAUAGAAAUUCGUGAGUUACAGCUCAAGUGGUUAAGACAGAAGAUGGGCCUCGUAAGCCAGGAGCCAGUUUUGUUCAAUGAAACAAUACGUGCCAAUAUUGCCUAUGGAAAAGGAGGCAAUGCUACUGAAGCAGAAAUCACAGCUGCAGCAGAAUUGGCUAAUGCCCAUAAAUUCAUUAGUGGCUUACAACAGGGUUAUGAUACUUUAGUGGGGGAGAGGGGAACCCAAUUAUCUGGUGGACAAAAGCAACGAGUAGCCAUUGCACGAGCCAUAAUAAAAAGUCCAAAGAUAUUGCUGCUUGAUGAGGCGACGAGUGCAUUAGAUGCAGAGUCAGAAAGAGUUGUUCAAGAUGCAUUAGACAAAGUCAUGGUGAACAGAACCACUGUGGUGGUGGCACAUCGUCUAUCCACAAUAAAAAAUGCAGAUGUGAUUGCUGUUGUAAAAAAUGGAGUCAUAGUGGAAAAAGGAAAACAUGAAGCACUCAUUAACAUCAGUGGUGGAUUUUAUGCUUCCUUAGUCCAACUUCACACAAGUGCUUCAACAGUAUGAGUUUUGCCAGUCUAAUUCCAUUCUUUCUCUUUUUUUCUUCAUAAGAUCCAUACCUACCUUUACCUUUUCAAUUAGGAUAUUUUAUUCAUUUUACAUCACUGCUGCAAUAUAUUGUCAAUGACAACAGAUAACCAAAAAUAUGUAAGAAGGAUGGAAAAAUAUCUGCAAUAGUUUUUUAAGCAAUAUAGUAAUAUUUUAUGAUUGAUAUUGA